AGAUGCACCGGUUUUGGCAUCCAGGAGAUCCUGGGCCUGAAUAAGGAGCCGGCCCCCCCGGACAGCCGGCCCCCCGGGCACCUGCUGACCACCCGCUCCGUCCUGGGCCCGGCGGGGGUCGGGGGCUUGGGCCUCCUGGGUCCCGGGGCCCUGCCCGCCUUCUACCCGCCGCCCACCUUCCUGGAGGUGCUGGCCGACCCCCAGGGCGUCCACCUGCAGCCCCUCAGCCGGGCGGCCGGGACGCUGGACACCGGCCAGUCCACGAGCUCAGAUUCCGAGGAUGUUUCUUCCAGCGACCGGAAAAUGUCCAAAUCCUCCCUUAACCAGACCAAGAAAAGGAAGAAAAGGCGACACAGGACGAUCUUCACGUCCUAUCAGCUGGAAGAGUUGGAAAAGGCCUUCAAUGAAGCCCACUACCCGGACGUCUACGCCAGGGAGAUGUUGGCCAUGAAAACGGAGCUGCCCGAGGACAGGAUACAGGUCUGGUUCCAGAAUCGCCGGGCCAAAUGGAGGAAGCGUGAGAAGUGCUGGGGCCGCAGCAGCGUCAUGGCCGAGUACGGGCUGUACGGGGCCAUGGUCCGCCACUCCAUCCCCCUGCCCGAGUCCAUCCUCAAGUCCGCCAAGGACGGCAUCAUGGAGUCCUGCGCCCCGUGGCUGCUCGGGAUGCACAAAAAGUCUCUGGAGGCCGCGUCCGAGACGGGGCCGAAGGCCCGGGCGGAGGGCCGGCCGGACCGGGGCGAGGAGGAAGAGGGGGGCCCCGGGCCCCGGCCGCCCAUUUCGCAGGACGAACUGAGGGAGAACAGCAUUGCCGCCCUCAGGGCCAGGGCUCAGGAGCACAGCACCAAAGUGCUGGGGACCGCGUCCGCCGCCGGACGCCGCCUCGACCGGGAGCCGGAGGAGCGGGAACCGGACGAGGAGGAGGAGGAGGAGGACGAGUGCCCACCUGAGGAGGAAGGGGCCGAGCCGGAGGAGGAGGCGGCGGCCUAG